AGAAGUUUCAAGAUGGCUGCAAGAAGGGAGGGAGUGUGACUUUUUAGUUUCCACGCGGUCUAUGUUAAAAUUCGAUCAUGCAGACUGACAUACAUAUGAGCGAAUGGCAAAGGAAUUAUUUUAUUGUUACCUCUGAUACUUCUACACCAGGACAAAAAGCAGAUGCAUAUCGUUCACAAAUUUUACAUAUUCAGCAUGCAUGGGCAAACUCAGAUAUUUCCCAGAAUUGUGCUGCUAACCUUUUCAAAACAUUUGUAGAAAAAUAUUCUGAAAUUAUUGAUUCUGAUAAUGUAGAAAGAGGCUUGAAUAACUAUGCUAAAGAUAUUUUAACUAUGGUAAAGUAUCAGCAGAAUGAGAGUGACAAGUGGCAGUCUGCUUUGACACCAAAUAAUGUAAUGGAAUUGAAGUGUAUUCAAGCAAUGAUGCGGGCUGGAAAAAUGUUUGAGAUGCCUCUGAAGGCGCAAAUAGAUAUAUCCAUUGAUAAACAGGUCACUGAGUCUGUUUCUUCAAAUGUUCCCAAUCAUACUCUAUCAAGUGGUCAUGGAGAAUCUGUGGUUGGAGCUGGUUUGUCAAAUUAUGUAACUCAAGCAACAGAGAUUUGUGAGAAGCCAUCAACUUCAAAGUGUUAUCGAAAUGAUAUAUUCUCUCCUAAAGCAGGAGUUACAUGUUCUGUUUUGCCUGUGACUAUGAAUGAUGUGUCUUCUAGAGCCCUCACUGGAAGUAACGAAUCAGCAUUUAAUAGUUCUCUGAAAUCCACAAGUAAUGCUUGUUCAGGGCAAGAUUUAUCUUCUGCUCCAUCUGCUUUCUCUGCAAGAAUGGGCAAUCUGGGAAAAAGGAAGACAUUUGCUGUGUCCAGUGAAGAUAACAGUAAUAUAUCUUCUGGUUCCACUCAUAAGUUAGUUCCUAGAGAAGGGUCAAACAUCCCAUGGAAUGAAAAGAAAAAUAAUGAAAACAAAGCAUCUGGUUUCAAAACUGCAAAAGAGCAGCUGUGGGUUGAUCAGCAAAAGAAAUUCCAAAAUCAUCCCCAGCACAUCCCAUUACCAUCUUACGGGGGUACAAAGAAAUCUUUGGGAGCUGGAAGAUCCCGUGGUCCAUUUGGAAAGUUUGUUCCUCCACUGCCCAAACAAGAUGGAAAUGGGAACACAGGAAUGCCAGUUAAGUCAAAUGGGACUGGAUCUACAGAGCUGACUUAUCCAAUAGAUGAAAGGUUAAAGAAUAUAGAACCUAAAAUGAUAGAACUUAUAAUGCAUGAAAUCAUGGACCAUGGGCCUCCAGUAAACUGGGAUGACAUAGCUGGAGUUGAGUUUGCAAAAACAACUAUCAAGGAAAUAGUCGUAUGGCCUAUGCUGAGACCUGACAUUUUCACUGGAUUACGAGGGCCUCCAAAAGGAAUUCUUCUCUUUGGGCCUCCUGGUACAGGGAAGACUCUUAUUGGCAAAUGCAUUGCCUGCCAGUCUGGGGCUACAUUUUUCAGCAUCAGUGCAUCUUCACUGACUUCCAAGUGGGUUGGUGAAGGAGAAAAGAUGGUCCGUGCAUUGUUUACAGUGGCACGCUUCCAGCAACCAGCUGUAAUUUUCAUUGAUGAAAUUGAUUCUCUCUUAUCCCAGCGUGGAGAUGGAGAACAUGAAUCUUCCAGAAGAAUAAAAACUGAAUUCUUAGUCCAGUUAGAUGGAGUAGCUACUUCUUCUGAAGAUCGCAUAUUAGUUGUAGGUGCAACCAACCGACCGCAAGAGAUUGAUGAGGCUGCCCGAAGGAGAUUGGUGAAGAGGCUCUACAUUCCACUUCCUGAGGCUUCUGCCAGAAAGCAGAUUGUGUCUUGUCUAAUGUCAAAGGAACAUUGCUCCCUAACUGAAGAAGAAAUUGAUCUCAUUGUUAAGAAAUCAGAUGGUUUUUCUGGGGCUGACAUGACCCAGCUUUGCCGAGAGGCUUCUCUGGGUCCUAUCCGCAGCCUUCAGACCCUUGACAUUACAACUGUUAGACCUGAACAAGUACGAUCUAUAGCUUUUCAAGAUUUUGAAAGUGCUUUCAAAACUGUUCGACCCAGUGUGUCUUCUACAGAUUUAGAAUUAUACGAAACUUGGAAUCAAAUGUUUGGGAGUGGAAGAUGAGAAGAAUUGAUUUGUUUGCAUAUUCAGUUCUGAAAUAGUAACCAUGAUCUAAUAAAUUUGAGAAAACUA